AUGGCCGAAGUACUGCCCGUACACGUCUCGGACGGACAGCUGAACAACUACUCCAAUUCGCCGCUCCGCCGCUCCUCGCACUCGCAGACCUCCUUCUUCCUCGGCAACAACUCGUCCUCGUACUCCUCGUCGCGCCGGUCCAACUUUGGCUCACUCCCUUCGUCUGCACCCUCCUCGCCGCGAGCAUCCUCGACCAAUCUCUCCAGCUACGCCUCCUACCAGUCCACGCCCGCGAGCACCUUGUCGCUAGAAACUAGUCUUGACGAGGAGGAGGAUGAGGAUGGCGAAUUCUCGUUUCCGGGCUAUUCCUCCACCGCACCCAACGAGCCGCACAAAGGACUCAACCCGCCCUCCAGUCCCGUCACGGUCUACACCGAGCUCACGCUCAAUUCGGAUGAUGAGGUCGGCGACGACGACCCCAUAUCGCCAACAACGACGAGCCCCGAGCCAUUGCCCAAGAGCGAGGACGACACCGCGAUAAAACACGAGCCGUCCCAACACGUCGACUAUCUAUCGCAUGACUGGCAAGAGGAAGACAUCUGGUCGUCUUGGAGGCAUAUCGUUGGAAAACGAAAAAUCUACGGAGAACGAUCGAGAUUGGAGAAUGCUUCUUGGAGGACGUGGGCCAAAUCGAAGUACAAGCUACGAACGGUGUCUCCCGAGACUCUCAAUUGGCUGAAAGAUUGCGACGUAACGUGGCUCUACGGCCCGCUACAGACUGCAUCAAACCGAUCGUACUCCCAGCAUGCCUCGGAGCCUAUUAGCAGGCUAUCGAAGAGCAACUCAUUCCUCAACAAGAAGCCCAUCCUCAAGAAGCGUAGCGUGUCUGAAGUGAUGCUGCAGCGAUCGAUAUCGGCAUCGUCGCUAGUAAAGCAAGCAGCGGCGGCCGUCCAAGCACAGCAAGAGAACAGCAAAUCAUCACGAAAUCGACCUACCAUGGAGCGGGCUGUGUCAGAUUUCGUUACUUCAUCGAUACCAUCCCGUACAAUUAGUCGAGAUACCACCGACUACUCUACCUCCUCCCGAUCGACAUCAGGAUUGCAGACACCAGAUCAUGGUGAGCGGAAGCAUAUCCGAUUCGACGACAAGGUGGAACAGUGCAUUGCAGUAGAUCUCAAAGAUGGCGAGUACGACGACGAUGAUGACGAACGCCAAAAUUGGGCCCUCCGUGACGAUGAUUCGUCGUCUGAUGAUGGAGUGGUCAUGAUGAAAAAGUCAAAAAAGAAAAAGCAGCUAUCCCGGACCAAUUCAAGAAACAGUUUCAGCAGCGACAGCAAAACGAUUGCAAAAUUACCCUCAACAACACUCAAAUACCGAACCGACUCACCCGACAUGCCCGACCAGCCUCCUACCCAUUCGUUGGGAUAUUGGCGAUCGAGCAGGCUAUCUCCCUCCCCCUCCCAAGAAACACUUCGCCCUUCAAACCCGUCGACCAACUUUCUACUCGCCGACGACGAUGAGGAAGAUGACGAUAUCUCCUGGGAGCCAUCAGGAGCGUUCAAGGACGGACAAGAAUCCGCAAUGGGACGAAGCUCACCGGAGACAGAAGCCGAGAGCGGCGAAGCAUCAGUCGGGCUACGACGCACAGCAUCAGGUAUGUUCAUGCCUUACGACGAAGCGGACGACGAGCCAGUAGCGCCAGGAAUAAUAGGACGAGUGGUAGACACAGUUAAUACGGCUCGCGACAUUGCACACGUCAUCUGGAACGUGGGUUGGCGGAGUUGA